AUGUCUCGACCGUCUUCGCCGCACAUCGCUAGUCCCAAGCCCGACGACUCGUCUCAUCGCCAGGUCCUUUCCGAUAGCUUUCAGUCUUCGGAGCAUCAGUCGUCGUCGUCUCCCUCCGAGUCGCACUUUGCAACCGCCGCCCGGCCGUUGUCUCAGUUCCAGGCAUAUCCGGCCUGCCCUCUCUGUCGCGCCGAGUCUACGUCUACCGAUCCCCAACGACGUCUCGGCGGUGCUCCCAUUGGGAACAUUUACUUUGGAGGUCAAAAGCUUGGCGCCGUUUGCCCUCGAAAUGGCAUCCCCCAUCUUACCUCGCAUUGUGAGCAGUGGAUACGUGAGAGAACCGGACAGGAGCCCAGAUUUCGCCAUCUCUAUUCCGACGGUACAACCCGGUCCGAUUUGUCCGAGACUGAUGCCAUCGCUGCCCUUGAUUCAGCCAAGACGGACGCCAAGCAGCCUGGGCUUCCUGAAAGAUGGAUCCUGGAUGGUCUUGUGUCUGGAUUUACGAAAUCCGGCUUCAGUCUAUUCUUUCCUCUCAUCAACCGAGUUCUCUUUGAAGAGACGGUGCGACUGGCGUACAGUAAACAUGGCACAGAACUGCCCACGCUGGAGCAUAUUGCCGCAAAAGCGUGUGUGCUAGCCUUUGUAUCCUUGGCCGGCUCUCACUGUCCAACUGCUCACGGGGCAUCACAAGUUGACGUCGACUCGUGUGCCCGAGACGCACAAGUCUUCCUGUCCGACAUCAUAGAGGACGCGAGCAUCACUACACUGCAGACAAGCCUGAUGCUGCUGCUCCACGAGACGCUUUGCGGCCGCCUACAAGCGUCCUCCAUGUACCACGCACUCGCCUGCAGAACCGUCUUCGCGCUCGGUGGGCACACCGUCAUUGCGUCGACGCCCCAGGAUGGCCACCUCACGUUUGAGGAACACGAGGACCGUCACCUCCGCAUGCUCUUUUGGCUUUGCUACGUGCUCGACAAGGACAUUUCGCUGCGGACCGGGCAACCGCCCGUCAUCGCCGAUCAGUUCUGUGAUCUCACACUGCCCGAGGGAUACGCCUUCAGCCGCUUCCUCCCGCGACAACAGGGACAGCUCCAGAGGCCGUGGCUUCCCAGCGAUUUGAGGCUGAGCAUCCUCAAGUCCAAGGCGGUGCAGCUGCUCUAUUCCAACGCGUCGCUGCAAAAGUCGGACGCCGAGCUGCUCAAGACGAUAAGGGAGCUCGACGAGGAGCUCGAGACGUGGCGCACCUCGAUCCCGCCCGAGUUCUCGCCCAAUCUCUCGGUCAAAAAGGACAGCGGACUCGUGGGGGCCCUAGACAUGUCGAGAAACAUGAUUGUCGCCGCGCUGCACCUCGACUACCACUACUUGCUCAACACGAUCCACUGCGCAAGCGGCCGCUGCAUGACGAGAGGGAGCAGCGACCCGCAACAGAUGUCAUUCGGCGUGCAGUCCAGCUUCGACCUGUCGGUGGAGGCCAGCAGGUCGACCAUAGUGUACCUGAGCUUGUCGGCGAACAGGCUCGCCGGGGAAGCAUUCUGGUUCUUCAUCUUCUACCCGCUGUCGGCGCUGAUGAAUCUCUUCUUCAACAUCCUGCAAAACCCCGGGCACGGGCUUGCCGUCCACGACAUGGAGCUCCUCGGCACGACGUCCCAGAUCAUCCGGAGCAUGCCCAUCCGCAGAGUCACCCCCCACGAGACCGAGUACCUGACCAAGAUGGACAAGCUGGUAGCCGAGCUCUGCCGGCUCAGCAAGGGCGCAAUCGAGAAGCACGAGGCCACCCUUUCAGCCUACCAGGCAGACAGUCGUCCGUAG